UAUACAGAAACAAGAACCACGCACGUACUUCAUUUUUCUUUUUGUGUUUGCAAUGGCCGGACCCCUUGUGCCUUAUGCUUUCUGCUUCCAACCCCCGGACCAACAGAUCAUCAGUUUCUUUCUCUACAAGAUGGCGGUUAAGCGUCAGCUGUUACCGCCACCACACGACGAGUAUGUGCAUGAGGAGGACCUCUUUGACUUCAAAGAACCAUGGGAGAUUUGGGAAGAAUAUGGAGGAGAUCAAGACUUAUAUUUCUUCUGCGAGCUCAAGAAGACCAGUUUGCGCAUCCAUCGCAAGAUUGGGGAAGGCACUUGGAGCGAAAAAGAACAUGAGCUGGUUUACAAUGAGAACGGAAACCCUAUUGGGUGGAAGAAAAAGUUCCGGUACGAGAAUCGAGGGUCAGAUGACCACGGAGGGUGGAUUUUAGAUGAAUAUAGUCUGCUUGUUGGUGCUGACGGCCGUGCUGAAAAGGCCUCAAAGGAUCGCUACGAUAUUCCUUUUGUGAUUUGCCGGCUGCGGAAGAAUCGCAGAAGUUGCGGGAAGAAGAGAAACAACUGAUGAUUAAGUGAUGAGAGAUUAUGGAUUAAGAUAUAAAUUAACUGAUGACAUUGAAA